AUGACCGAUAAGGUCAAGUCUGCAGCGGGACUUCUCAGUCCCACCGCGGUGUCUGCUGGAUACGUCUUCCCGGAUACCUCAAACUUCGAGCGACUCAACAGACUGGCGGAUGAGCUCCCCGAUUACGUACACAUUCCACUGCACAUGGCGGUACAGGAAGAGACCCUGGACAGUUGGGAGGAAGAUUGGUUUGCACAUGCUGUCUUCGAACCUAAGACGCAUGGCAGUCUGGAAGAACCAAAGAUUGACUUUGUGUACACUUGGGUCAACGGUUCCGAUACUAGGUUCGCAGAAACGAUGCGACCGUAUGAGUUGAGCUCUAGUCUGAACGACGACGCAGGCGAAUGGAUUGCUUCCCACGGCGUCAACCGUUAUCGCGACUGGGACGAGUUGCGCUACUCGAUCAGAAGUGUUGAGAAGCAUGCUGGCUCAUUUCGAAACAACAUACAAAUCUUGGUGAAUGCUGUCGAGAGUGAGGACGGCACCAUGUCGAAACAGAGACCGACUUGGUUGAAAGACGAUUCCGAGAUCCAGAGCGCCCUUCAAGUUUUGUCGCAAGAAGACUUUUUCGGUGCGGAAGAGGCAGAAUGCUUGCCGACAUUCAACUCCUUGACCAUCGAGAACCAGAUUUACAACACACCAUCAGAUACAGACCGGAUCUUUGCGAUGUCCGAUGACAUGUUCCUCGGCAAACCUCAUGCAGCCUCCGACAUCUAUUCGCCACUCUUCGGAACAGUCAUGGGAUUCAAGCCUAACAGCUACAACACGAUCGUACCACCUUCCGAGAAAGACGCCUUGCGGUUUGGCGAAAAGCCAUAUCUUAUCUAUACUUCUUGGAUGUUGAAUCGUCGUUUCGGCACUCGCAAAAGAAAGGGCCAAGUUCACUUUGGCCAUUCUCUAUCUCGCAGCGUGUACAAGGAGGCAAUGGAAGCCUUUCCUAGACCUGCCCUCAAGAGUGCCUGCCAGAAGUUCAGAGGCGAGACUGGGUUUCAGCUGUAUUCCUGGUACAAUGCGUUCCAUUACACAAUUGAGCGCCAUCGCGAAGCUCUUCUCUGGAGUUACAUUAUGAUCAGAAGCGAUCCUGACAGGAACGGUUACUUGAAUUGGGAAGAGCGACAAGCCAUCGUGAGCGACUUGGAAGAAGGUCUUGCCAACGAGGGUCGCAACUCUUUCCGGAAGAGGAUGUACUACUAUGUUGCAAAGUCGCUUGGAGAUGCAGGACUCGAAGCGCCGAAGGUCAAUGUCGAGACCACUUGGACAUCUCUUGAUGGACCUGCAACGAUCGCCAACAUUGAUUGUUUCGAGUUCAACGUCAACGAGUGCUUGGCUCCGGGCUUUUCUUCGCCGUCCUGGGAUGAGAGAUCCGACAAUCCGGUCUUUUCCACUGCAGCGAUCUUUGACAGAUUGGCAAGACAAGACCCUCAAUGUGGCGAUUGCUUGACAAAGCUGCUGCUCAAUCGUGUUGAACAAGGUCUGUCUCCUCUUCUGCCACAUGCAGAUAAAGACGCCGAGCACCGUCAGACAGUUCUCAAGGCAUUGAAAAGAUACUCCUACGUCGUGGUAGAGCCAGAUGCUCUGUUCACGAUGGUGACUGACGCCGAGCAAGUGCAAGUUCGGCUCAUUGACCGCCUCGCAGAUCCUGACAAGCAGGCCGGACAACUCUGCCUAAACGAUGACGUGACGACGGACAAUGAGAACGAGCUUCUGGCAUUGAGGGAGACGAUAUCAAGGCUUUUCAAUGAGCAUUGGGGAACACCGAGUCGAUUCGAGGCGUGGUCGUAG